AUGGACGCAGGUCCAUCAUCAUCACCACUGGAGCCAGCGCAGGCUGGCGACGUCGUCCUCUGCGUUGAUGCAGGAGGAACAAAAACGCUCGCCGUCGCUGCGUCCGUCGACUCCAAGGAGACCUUCACGGGUCAAGCAGGUUGCGGCAACUGUGCGACGCUCGGCCUCGAAGCAGCCAGCCAUGUCAUCCUACGAGCCGUCCGCGACGCAUUGAUAUCAGCCGGCUUCGGCACCUUCUUCGACCUCAUCGAAGCAGGUCAAGUUGAAGGCAUCACCACCCCACCUCUCUCUCUGUCCGACAACGACUCUUCGUCAGCAGACGGCGAUCAAGAUCCCAUUUCUCGGCCACCAAGGCCUUCACCCAGUCAAACGGGUGUUCGUCGACCCCGUGUACGAGCGUUGUGGAUCGGAUCCGCCGGUCUUUCCUCGUCAGCAGUCAUCGGCACUUAUCGUCAGCAGCUCUCGUCGCUGCUGCAGGAUUACCACCUGAUCGACGACUCAACGCCCAUCUGGAUCACCAACGAUGCGGUCCUCCUCUCUGCACCUAUGCUUCGCGAUGCCUCCACCCAAUCGUGUGUCUGCCUCAUCGCCGGCACUGGCAGUGCAGGCUUUGCCUUCCAACGCACCACUUCAGCCCGCACCACGGCCGCGGGGGAGAACGAAGACCUACCCGGUCUCACCACCGUCUCCAAAACCGGCGGUUGGGGCUACCUCCUGGGCGACCGCGGCAGUGGUUGGUCAAUAGGUCUCUCCACCAUCCAGCUCAUGCUCACUCGCGAAGAGGAGCGUCAGUUCCACCCCCUGCCCGUCACCGAUUUCGAGACGGCCAUCAUGAAGGCGCUCGAUGUGGAGACGCCGAUCGAGCUGAUCCCCGCCGCGUAUCGCGACCGCGUCUGUGCGACGGGAGGCAACUUCUUCCACGCCGAAGACGCACGCAAACGCUGGCUGGCCGAGACGACACGGGUGGUGUUCGAGUAUGCGUUUGCCCACCAGGGCAGGUCGGGCGCCGAGUUGGCGGUGCAAUUGCUCCAACAGGCCGUGAGGGAGUGCAUGGAUAGCAUUUCGAAACUCUGCUGCCCGGCAGACAGGAUCAGGCCCGAAAGUAGUACCCUCGUGCUAGGAGGUGGGCUGUGGAGCAACAGCAAGUUCCUCGAUCUGUUGGUCGACAUGUGGAAGAAGGAAAGCGGAAGGGAAGCAUUUAAGAGGGUGCAUGUGACCAAGAGCCCCGCACACGAGGCGGUUGAGUACCUCGCAUUGCGCUUCUUGGGCGAGGUCAAGAAGUGA